AUGGAAUUAACUGUUCUGCUAUGUCUGGUAAUUGCAGGCAUCAAUGUCUGUAUGGGUCUGAGACCGUCCUACAGAGCUGCUGUCUAUGAACAUGCUGUGAUAAUGCCGGUCAAUAUAAGAACUGUUUCUAGAUCUCAGGCUCUGGUCAAUAUGAAGAAGAAUUUAGAUAUUUAUGAAGAACAAGUCAGACGAGCUGCAGGGGAGAAUGUCGACAUCAUCGUUUUCCCUGAAGAUGGUAUUUAUGGAGUCAACUUCAACAGAGAUACCAUUAAACCAUAUUUAGAAGAUAUCCCCGACCCACAAUCCGUCUCAUGGACUCCUUGUAACAGAACGAACAUAACCCAGGGUUCCGAGGUACAAACGCGAUUGAGUUGUAUGGCAAGAGAACACAAUAUUUAUAUCGUCGCGAAUAUGGGCGACAAGAAACCAUGUGAUUCGAACACAGACGUUUCGUGUACAGACGGUCAGUACCAGUAUAAUACUAACGUUGUUUUUGAUCCACAGGGUCGUUUAGUUGCUCGAUACCAUAAACAAAAUCUAUACUUCGAGGCUCAGUUCGAUACACCAAAAAUACCAGAGCGAGUUACGUUUCAAACUCCAUUCGGAAAAUUUGGUGUGUUCACCUGUUUCGAUAUAUUGUUUAAAACCCCAGCAGUUGAUUUGAUAGACGAACUGGGAGUAGAGAACGUGGUAUUACCCACGGCUUGGAUGGAUUCCCUACCCCUCCUAGCAGCCAUACAAUUCCAUUCCGCCUUCGCCAAACAUUUCAAAAUUAAUUUAUUAGCAGCAAAUAUUCAUUUUCCGUUGUUUAAUUUUCACGGCAGUGGAAUCUAUUCACCUAAACGAACCGAGUCCUAUUAUUACAACGACGGUUUGUUCAGUGGCGGGAAACUACUGAUAGCAGACGUCAAAUGUAACCCGCGCCAACACAGACGUCAUUUUAACGUGAUUUCCAACACCGAUCCUAUUCAACUGUUUUCACUGAGCCGACAGAUGAUGAUGGCGGGCUGGAUACACAUGAUGAACAACCAGGACAACUUCCAGUACAUUCCUCUAACUCAAGCUAAAGCGAAAGUAAAGGUCUGUCAGGGUGAAGUUUGUUGUUAUCUUGAUUACCAAAAAUUGAAUGGUACUGAAGAACUUUACGCCCUCGGGGUUUUUGACGGAAUCCAUCAAAUCGACGGUUUACAAUGGUACACUCAAGUCUGUGUCAUGCUUAAAUGUGAAUCGACCGACAUAUCAAGUUGUGGUCGACCCACAAAAGAAGCUAAUGGACAUUUCAACUACAUCAAAUUGUGGGGAACGUUCACGACGCCGUACGUUUUCCCGCAAAUUUUAGUUUCCCAUCGAGGACAGCUUCGACUUGAACACGAGCAUUGGAAAUAUCGUCAGAACAGGAUUGAGUUUGUUAACCGCGGGCGCGAGAAGCCUCUCUUAUCUGCCUCUCUUUAUGGACGAAAUUACGACAGAGAUCACAGUUCUCCUAGCGAGCAAGAUUAG